UUGUGUGUCUGUUUGUGUGUCAGUGUGGACGAUGAGACGCGCGUGAUUGGGAUAUUUUUUUUUUUUUUUUUAGGGGAAACGUUUUAAGUUAAAUAAUUUUGCACUAAAUCACAUUAAAGGCAGCUUCGGUUAAAAAACAAAAAAAAGAAAGGAAAAAAAAGAAAGAAAGAAAACAGAAAACUCACUCCUGGAGAAAUACUGCCACCAUGGUUGCUACAAGCACGUUGAAGACCAAAAGCAACGAAUGCAUCUCGGAAUUAGUUGAACGUCGAUAUGACCAGAACUGCAUCGAGAAAGAACUUGACUUCUGGGAUCACUGCUUGGCCGAGCCCCAGAGGGCCGCUGACGUCAUGGAGGACAGAACCUGUCAACAGCUGGCCAAAAUGUUUGAGAACUGCCUGUCCCGCGCCAAGAAGACAACGUUGCACUGCUCCUCUGUUCUGGUACCAGAGAGGCUCACUCGGAGGAUAGCUCGAGAGGUUCUACGGUUGGCGUCUUGUGAGCCCUGCGGCCUGCGAGGCUGUGUCCUCUACGUCAACCUGGAGCUGGACAAGGGCUGCAAGCGGCUGGAUCGCAUCGUGUACGAUGCCACCGUGGUCCCCACAUUCGAGCUGACUCUUGUGUUCAAGCAGGAUGGCACCGCCUGGCCAAGCCUGCGGGACUUUCUUUUCAUGGGAACCUGCUUUGCCCCAACUUUUAGACAUGCACUUAAACUGAGUCCAGGUUUCCGACUUGUUAAGAAAAAACUAUACUCAUCCUCGGCUGGUACCGUGGUAGAGGAGUGUUGAACUCUGGGAAGGAUUAGAGGGGAUAUCAUGUUUGUUUUGGGUAAACUUACUUCUGCCCAAGUGUAAGUGACACUUUAGAGGUGUCAAAUUUUCUACAGCAUUUUUGUACAAUACAAUUUGUCAGUUCCUGUUUGGAACUGAGGAUGUAAACUGAAAUAGCUUAUGCAUAAAUGAGCCCAACAAUUCUGGGUUUGGCUUCAGUGUUUCUAAAAGUGCAUUUAUAUCGGCAAAUUGUAAUAUUCGUAAUGUUUCUUUUCUAGUAAGUGCUUUUGUUGCUUCAGUGAUUUUUAAAUUGUAAAUUGUGCAGGUGAAUGUAAAACUGUUCAUAUUCUUGUUUCAGAGGGACAUGCAUAUUGUGGGUACACUUUAAGACACUAGCCACUUUGUUGAUGUGUGUUUUCAGAUACAUUGAUUGUGUAAAACACACCUGGGCUUGAAUAGAAGACUGAUGUUUAGUCUUUGGGGGCCAUAUGUAGCGAAUUGUGUGAUGCUGUAUUUAGGGCUGAGAAUGUUUUCAAGACAAGUCACUGAAUGUCUUGUGACAAUGCUGCUGUCAUGGUGUGGGGGAAUGUGAAUGCCUUAAACGUCACAGAAAUUAACAUUUUCCCACUUGAUUCACCGCGAUGUGUACAUGUAGUGUCGAUGUUUUUAUUACAGUUUUAUUUUUAUGACCCUCCCCAAAGAAAUUUUCUCAUCCCGGAGUCGUUUUAGAUUAUUAAAAGGAUGAUUUGCCCCAAAUGUGAAAGUUUGUUUUGUAUUUUUAUGGAAAUUGUUUACUAGAGGUGCAAAUGAUUACUUAAGGUACAGGAAUUAAUUUGUGGUUAUGUUGGAAUUCCAGUUUUGCAAAACUCUAGAUGCCAUUUGAGCUUCUAAUUGCAGAAAACCAGUUCUUGUCUACUAGACAAUAAAAGAUUCAACUUGGA